AUGGCGCGGGCCAAGAUUCGCUGGGCGGACACACUCGAUGAGGAGGAGUUUGGCGAGGCCCUGCCGCCCACCACCAUCAAGGGUCCUGAUUCCCAUGGCGUCAAGACAGUGACGGAGUAUUACCGCAACGAAAAGGGUGACGCGAUCAAGAAGGUCACCAAGAGCAAGGUCGUGCAGGUGGAGAAGAAGGUGUACAAGGUGACUGAGGAGCGUCGUCAGUGGCAACGUUUCGGCAAAGCCGCGACUGAGACGGUGCAGGACAGCGUGACAGUGCAGCAGAAGGAGGACAUCCCCUUCGAGCGCGUGCGGCAGCUCAAGGCGACGCAGCAGGAGAAGAAGAUGGACAUGCAGGCUGCCAUGCAGUCGGCAGACAAAUCCACCAUUGUCGGCAGCCUCAAGGACAUGCUGUACAAGCGCCGCAUGGAGCGCGAGCUGCUGCGCGCCAAGGGGCUGCUCGCCGACGCGGAGAGGCCCCCGGAGGAGGACGGGCAGCCAGGCAAGCCCGCAGGGCUGCCCAGCGCGCCCAAGCCAGGCAGCUACGUUCCGCCCAGUGUGCGCAACCGCGGAGCGGGCGGCGGCGGUGGCGAGGGUGACAGCAUGCAGCAGCGGCGCCGUGACGAGAACAGCCUGCGCGUCACCAACCUGUCGGAGGAUGUGUCGGAGGCUGACCUGCAGGAGCUGUUCCGGCCGUUUGGCCCCAUCAGCCGCGUGUUCCUGGCGGUGGACCGGACGACAGGGGAGAACCGCGGCUUUGCUUUCGUCAACUACGUGUACCGGGAGGACGCAGAGCGCGCCAUCCGCAACCUCAACGGCUAUGGCUACGACAACCUCAUCCUGCACGUGGAGUGGGCGGCGCCCAGGGCCGAGCGCGGCUGA